AUGCCGGGUGGGCCCUGCGUGCAUUCCCUUCCACGCAGCGGCCUCCUCCUGCCUCCCUACGCUUCCUCCCAACCGCACUGCUCCGCUCUCUGCGGGGGAGCUCAUUUACGUGUUCCCUGCCUUUCCGCGUCCCUCUCCCCCCCACCCCUCCUGCUGUCCCCCACGCGCGAGGCGCCGCGCCGCAUCUCCCGCGUUCACCCGCGUCGCCCGCUCUCCUGCACUACGACGCCGCUGCUGGGCAACGCGGGGGUCGCUGACUUUGGGCCCGGCGCACCCCUCCCAUCACCCUUACUGCCGCAGAGCAACGGCGGCCUCCGCGGCGUCGCGAGACCGGCCCUGCACAUCGCCGAAGUCCUUCAAAAACAGCAUCGGGCACAACUGCAUGAUGAACAACGAAAGCAGGAAGCCACACGCCACCGCGGCGACGCCCACACCCACCCCGGCACUGUUCGAGACAACGUUGCUCAAAACCACCCGGGUUU